AUGGAGCAGAUCAACUUCAAGAUCUAUGAAAUUAGCGCUAAGCUGGGCAAAGGAGCCUUUGGAACCGUUUACGCUGGGACCCGUUUAGGAGAUAACCUUCCGGUGGCAGUAAAAAUUGCUGACUUCAAGGAUAAGGAAUUCAUCCAAGUUGAUGAUUUUCUCCAGCCACUUCCAUCGGAGAUCGCUCUGCACUAUCUUGCCACCAAAGGCCCCAAGGCUAAACAAAUUGUUAAGCUUCUGGACUGGAAAGUGGAGGCUGAUCGUUACUUUCUAGUCCUAGAGCGGCCCGUACCCUCUGACAUCUGCUGCAAACGUGGAGUGCUUCACCGCGAUAUCAAGGCUGAGAAUUUGCUGAUUAACCUGCGGACCCAUCAAGUCAAACUGACUGACUUUGGGUGUGGUGAACGCUUUACUAGGAGCUGUUACAAAGAGUACAGCGGCACACCACAGUUCGUCCCUCCCGAGUUUAAUAGCACUGGCUUAUACUACGGGGAGCCAGCGACAGUGUGGUCACUCGGGAUUCUUCAGUAUUUUCUAAUGUUCAAAAAAUAUCCAGACUACCAUGACCUCCAAAACUUGACCUUCACAAAUUUAGAGCAAUAUGGAUGGUCAAAAGAAUGCCGUGAAUUCAUUAUCUGUUGUCUGCAGACUAACUAUAAUCUUCGGCCUAAGCUGGAAACACUCCGUAUCCAUGACUGGUUUAAGGCGGAGAACAAGCCGCAAUGA